AUGCCCGACGCAGGACUGAAUAAGUCGACGGCGGUACAUGGAGAACAGGACACAAUCGCCGCGGCGCUCACAACCUCGAACGCUGCGGGCAACAGAUCCAGCUUCGAAAAGGCGGAGAAGCAUUCAGAUGGCGAGCGACCCAGCGUCGUAGGUAAUUCCGCCGACAAGCAAGCCGACCAGAACACGAAGCGCAAGCGCUCAGAAGCAGCUAUGGAGAAUGUAGAGGAUUUCACGAAGGCUCUGCUAGUCUCAGGAUCGGAGGAGGAAAAGGGCGAGCCGGCACAAGCGAAACGAUCCAAAAUUGUGCACACCAUCGGUAAGCUCACCCGCACAACGACCUCUACCAAGAACAAGGUCGUAAAGACACCCAAGUCUACGAUAAGCACACCAAACCUGGACGUUCAGGAGCGAAGCAUUACACCAAAAAAAGCUGCGCCAGCUCGGCCUCCGCGCAAGAAGAUCGACAAAGUCCCAGUUGUGCUCGAUUCCGAUGAAGACCUCCCAUCCGCGACGGAUUUUGUCCGCGACCACUCACGCCAAUAA